UGCCAACGACAACGACAGAUCGGGCCUCAAAGAAACACGCUUCCUCCUCAGCGAGGGCAUCGCGGGCUACGUUGCCCAGAAGAACGAGCUGACCAACCUGCGCGACGUGCUCGGCCACCCAGAGUUUUCACGCAGCGUCGAUACCAAGGAUGGGCUCGUCGUACCACAUUCGCUACUGAGCAUCCCGAUCAGGACCAAGGACGACGUCGUCAAGGGUGUCCUGCAAGCGGUCAACAAGGUCCGCGAGGACGGCAAUCCGCUCAACUUUGAUCAGGAGGAUGUCUUUCUGUCGCAGGAGCUUGCCAAGCAGGCAGCCAUCAUCCUCAACAACUGCCAGAUCUACGAUGCCAUGAAGAAGGCCCAAAAGCGAGUCGGUGUGCUUUUGGACACAACUCGGUCGCUUGGUUCAACCCUCGAGCUGGAUCGGCUCAUAAAGAUGAUCAUGGAGGCGGCAAAGGAGCUGCUUGUAGCCGAUCGGUGUACGCUCUUUCUCUUUGACUCACAGGAGAAGCAGCUAUGCGCUCAUAUUCAGGGCAAGGACACGGACACAGUUCAGGAGAUCCGUAUUCCAAUGGGAUCGGGAAUUGCUGGAUACGUGUUUACAUCUGGAGAGUCGGUAAACAUCCCUGAUGCCUACAAGGACUCAAGGUUCAACCCCGAAGUGGAUCGGCAGACCGGAUAUGUAACCAAGAACAUCUUGUGUAUGCCGAUCAAGAACAUCAGCGGUGAAUGCAUCGGGGUGACGCAGAUGAUCAAUCGGCGAGGUGGUCCGUUUGGACUCGACGACGAGAAGAUUCUAAGCUCGUUUUCGGCACAAGCCGCGGUUGCCAUCGAAAAGUCGUAUCUGUUCAAGAAGACCGAGGAUAUGCGGAGCUAUCUGCAGGGCAUCCUGAGCAGUAUCACAAACUGCGUCAUUACCCUGAAUGACGCAAUGCACAUGCGCACCAUGAACCGAAACUGGUUCAUGAACGCCCUUGGACUGAAUGAAGCCACGAUGAUGGAAAACCCAGUCACCGCGUGGAUGACCGAGGAAAACUCUGCGCUCCUGAAGGACAUCCUUGAGGUCAACUCAACACGUCUGCAGGUCUAUGUCUCGGAGUAUGAGCUCAAAGGGCCCAAGAGCACGACAUACAUCAACUAUCAGAUCAUGCCCAUUAUCGGCGAGAAGCGCGGCGUUGUCCUCAUUCUUGAAGACAUAUCCUCAGAGAAGCGCGCGAUAAUGACGCUUGGAAGAUACAUGUCGCCAGCGCUGGCAAAGCAGGUGAUGGAGGAAGAUGGGAGCCAGCUCGGGGGCACGAGGAAGAAGGUGGCCAUUGUGUUCAGCGACAUCCGCUCGUUCACCAAAAUGUCCGAGUCGAUGGAGCCCCACGAAGUUGUCGAACUUUUGAAUCACCAUUUCAGCGACCAGGUCAAUGCCAUCCUGGCCGAGCAAGGAAUACUGGACAAGUAUAUUGGCGACGCUACCAUGGCCGUCUUUGGUGUGCCCUUUGUGAGCCCUGACGACUCGAUACACGCAUGCAACGCUGCCUUGCGGAUGCAAGACAGUCUCAAGAUCCUCAAUCAAACAAGGGAAAUGCAAGGCCUUCGCUCGAUCAGCAUCGGACUUGGCGUCAACACUGGGGUGGUCCUCUCUGGAAACAUUGGCUCGACAAAGCGCAUGGAGUUCAGCUGCAUCGGUGACGCAGUAAACUUGGCUUCGCGGACAGAGGGCCUCACCAAGCUCUACCACGUCACCAUAUUGAUCACCGAGUUUACCAAGGCCGAAACCAACGACAAUUUCAUCACAAGAGAGGUCGAUUGGGUGAUCGUCACGGGAAAGUCUCAAAGAGUGGUUAUACAUGAGCUACUUGGGAAGAAGGGCGAUCUUCUUUCGGACGACCUCAUGGACGGAUUGCUCCUCUAUAAGCAGGGGCUGGAGCUCUACCGCUCGCGACAGUUUGCCAAGGCCAUCACAAAGUUCCAGAAGGCCAUCGACAUUGCUGACGAUGGGCCGUCAAAGACGCUGAUGGAUCGGUGCCGGCGGUUUAUCGAGAAUCCCCCUGAGGAGGACUGGGACGGUGUGUACAUAUGUGAAAGCAAAUGAUUACCGGAGCCAUCUUGUGCUCCGCCAUGUAUGUAAUAAACAAGCCGUCCUGGCCGAG